CGUGUUCUUCUUCAUCGACGUGUUCGCAGGCAGCCUGAAGCACGGAGAGCCGUGGGCGCGCGGAGACAAGGACGACGCCGUCGCCAGGGACGCCUUCCAGAACGUGAAGAUCCUGACGUACCGCGAGCCGCAGAACCCCGAGUACCGAGAGUUCGUGAAUAACCUGAAGAUAGACGCCAAAGAAAUGUUCAACUACACCAUCGAGGACUCACUGAUGAACAUAAUAGCGGGGGGGUUUUACGACGGUCUGAUGCUCUACACACACGCUCUGAACGAGACGAUGUCGCUGUCCGCCGGCCGGCCGCCAGGGAAGGUCGUCACCCAGAGGAUGUGGAACCGAACGUUUCACGGUGUCACGGGCAUCGUGCAUCUGGAUGAGAAUGGAGACAGAGAGACGGACUUCGCUCUGUGGGAUAUGAUCGACACCAACACCAGCGCCUUCCAGAUAGUUUUGGUGUACAACAGUUCAGAGGAGCAGCUGUCAGCCAACCCUGGAACCACUCUGCACUGGCUCGGAGGAGUUCGUCCUCGGGAUGUUCCCUUCUGCGGCUUCAAGAACGAAAACCCUGUCUGCGUCACAAGUCUGUGAAAAACACACCAACAAGUUUACCGUAUUUUUAAUGUCAGCCCUGAACUUUACUUCAGAUUCAAAGAGUCCUCUCCUGCUGAUGUUCAGGUGUAUAUCAGUAUGUAGUGUCUCUACUUUAAAGAGUCCUCUCCUGCUGAUGUUCAGGU